AAUGCGACUUGAGGAGAAGAAAGGGAAACAAAAAAAAAAAAAAAAAGUUGGCUCUUUUCCGCCCUUGCUCUCCAUCUCGUCGAAACCUUCCCCCUUGAUCGUCGUUUUCUUUUUUUUCUUUUCUCUAACUUUAAAAGCUGUUAAAGCCAAACCGGUUCCGGAAAGACAUAUAGCAUGGGCACAGGCAUAGAUACAACAACCACCACCACCACUCAAGACGGAGAUCAAGGCAUCGUUCAACGGUUUGCACACCUGCUUUUCGACGGGUUAGAAAAGUCCAAGACGAAAGGGGGUGACGACUCGUUCCAGGUCUACGUGUCUUUUCUGGAGCUGUAUCAUGAGGAUCUCAACGACCUUUUGGAGCCACAUCGGGAUACGGCGGAGAUACAUCCGUCGAUCCGCGAAGCUUUGGAUGGCAGUAUCUACUGGGCUGGUGUUCGUGAGGAACAAGUGCACAAUGCUGAGGAACUCUUGGGGUAAAGAAAAAAAGAUGAAAAAAGUGGAAUGCACAUGUGGGGAAGGCGAGUAUUAAUUGCAUAAACACAAUUGUCCUGUCCUGUCCUGUCCUGCCCCCCCCCCUGGU